CUUGAACAUGAUGUUGGUGCUUUUCAUUGCUUCGCUGAUAGUUUCCUGUGCUCAAGGAGCGCAAGUGUAUAUGCAGUUCAAUGGACAAGGAUACUCCUACAACACGGAUGGCGAUAGAUUGGAUAGGAGUGUCGUUAAGCCUAGUUUUGGGGCAUCUUCUCUGGAUUCCUUUGGUCCGCUGAACUUUGUGCAUCAAUCUCUGAGGACAAGACAGAAUCCACUUUCCCGGAUUUCCUACAAUACACAGGAUAACCUAGCAGUGGCAACAUCUUCGCUGAGUGCGGGCUACCAAUUAGCAUCGACCAACCACCUGAAGCACCGGCAAAGCCAGCAAAACUUUGAUUUCAGCACCGACCAGAUGUCGCAUGCCCAGCACACCGAUGAGGCGGGAAAUGUUUUGGGCAAGUACUCCUACUACGAUGAGGCUGGCUACCAUGAGCUGAGCUACAAGGCGGGCGCCGGCAUCGGAUUCGUGGUCAUGGGUGGCAAUUUGGCCAAGGCCACCACCGCCGCUGAACCGCACUCGGAAAUCGAAAUCGGAAACGGAAUCCAAACAAAUGCCUUGACUAGCCUGCAAGAGUUGCAUAAAUAUCGUGGCUACACGUAAAUAAAAUAUAUUAGCC